AUGCAUGGGGGCCCUUCCACGCAACCCACAACACCGAGGAUAAUUGCCCGGUCAGUCCCAGAUCGUUACUCAUUCGGCACAACCAUUAUACUGAUUCCACUUACUCUUUGGGCUCGAUUCAGUGGUAAUCUCUCAUUAACACCAGGCGCUUCUUCAGCCCGCAAUUUACUCUGCAAUUGUGCUAACGGAAUUUCAUCCUCUUCUUCCCAUUCACUCAAUUCCUCUUCUUCCGUAAGCAAACGGUACACCUGUGCCUUUCUCCUUCCCGCAUGUUCUCUCCCUUUCUUCCGUUUGCUCGACAGCCGAGACAUGGAGGGCGGCAACAGGAGUUCGCCCUUCUCUAGGGGCUCCAAUUUCUAUCUAGAGGCCUUCUUGAGUUGGGUGAACCGAUCCUCCACAUUGCCAACACUUCCGCUCCUUACAACUGGCCGAAAGGUGCCCGACCACACCACAUGUCCAGCAUCUCAGAGGUCUUACUUGCACUGGGGCCACCCUGCCUCUUACUUUUUCACGGGGACCCAUUGGCGUUUCCCGGACCCUUUUUCCUUCUCUUUGGGGGGGCGUAUUAACUCGCUUUAUUCCCAGUUUACGGUCCCCCUUCGCCGUACACCAUCGAGCCUUGUGUCCGAACUCGCCACAAGUUGUACACGUAGUCAGCCACCAGUUGGUAGAAAAUUAAGAAAAAUAGCAAAAGGAUUUUUGUGCUGCUUUGAUUAUUGGAGAAAUGUGCUAACAACGCAGUUCAACUACCAAUAG